GAGCAUCCAUUUUGUUGUUCAUUCCUGAAAUCGGUUGCGAGGAGGAAAAAGGAAGACGUUUACCGGUUGCAAUCAAGCGAUUUCCCGCGAGAUUAUGGGAAAGUCAGCACAUUUCCUUUUAUUAUCAGUGCGUUGUGAAUUAUUAAUAGUUUAUUUUACGACGUGAGUCCGCUCUCUGUCGUAUAACACUCGCACACAAGCAUGGAUAGGGAGAGUGCGACGCUGCUGGCCACCGUGUGCGCACUCUUGGCGGAUUCCGCCAAACCUCUGCCCGAUGACACCAGCCUGGAGAAACUACUGGACCGGCUCACCGAAUUCUCCGAGGCAGGUGUAUCACUUCCAGAUAGUUGUCCAUGCCUUCUUGACUUCAUCUCUACCAUAGCCUCCAACUCCACUUCUGAUCCCAGCAUCCGCUCCUUUGCCCUCAAGCUCAGCGGCCUGUUGGCAGCCACCGAGGAUGGCUACAGGGCCUUGCAGGAGCGCUCAGUUCUGGAUAUAAUCUUUAGUGUGCAGCGCUGGAAGGACACUGAGCUAUGGGAUGACCCUUGUAUCAGAAUUGGCUGGAUUCAUGGCUUAAAGAGAAUGCUUCUGCACCCGAAGGCGCUUGCUUUCUUUGUGCAGUCAGGUUUCAUCACGCCACUCCUUCAGCUCCAAUCAGAUCCAAGCAUGUUUGUUGCUUCUGCCGCUAACCAGCUACUGGCCCACAUCCUCCUCGCAAUUCAGCCAGAAAACAAAGAGCAUGCAAAUAUCAAAACCAAUACAGAACACAGCCGUGUUGUCUUGCAAACGACUGACCAUAUAAAGGAGUCACUGGUACCCAAAGAAGGCACACUGGCAGCUGGUAGUCUGCAGGUUCUCAAGCUACUGGCGCUGAUCCUGGACCAGGCCCGGCGUCCUCUGCGGGACCAGCUGCUCAUGGCGCUUGCUGCCUCUCUGGAGGAGCUGGCAGAAGCGGCAUACAGUCAGAUGACACCGGCUCUAAUGGAUGUCAUUAUGGCUGGGUACAGCCCUGACAGUGACGACGUCACCAGCCGUCUUUUGUCCUCUAUGUUGAACGUCAACAAACCCGCCGACCUCGUCCAAGCUGCGGCGGCGUUUCUCCACCAAAGUCACUCAUGUGCAUCAAGUGACGCAGCCAACAUAAGACAGGCCGUGAGAAUCCUCCUGCUGCCCCUCCACUUUGUCACUGGGCAUCCCUUGCUAGGAACAGGUAUGAAAUGUACAUCGAAACAAAGCGACAGGUGUAACCCUUCGUUGUAUUCAAAAAUCUUUUCAGCCCCUUCAGCAGACACUGCAAUCAUGACGGCACAGCUGAAGAAUAAAAGCACGUUCAUCUCCAUGAUCUGUGUCUGUCUGAGAAAUACCCCCCAGGUGGCACUUAUGCCCCCAGGCAUCCUCCCGUGUCUCCCGGCUAUGAUUGUCCUCUCAGUUGUUACUUUGCUAAGAAUCUGCAGUGGUGACGCUUCCACCUCCUCCUCGUCGUCCUCACUCGAUGGCUGCAAAAAUGAGGUUUACCGGUGCAUCGUCAACUGUGGCAAAGUUCAGAAAUCCGCUUUGGAGGCUUUGGCUUCCCUCAGCAGCAGCCCAGGGGCUGACAGCACAAUGAACGAGGUGUCUGAAAUCUUGGUACAUUAUAUGAGUAACCCCGAUUCAGACCCCACUGUACUGCAAAAGUCCUACAAGGCAUUUGUGCAGUGGACAAGUGUUUGGACGGACCUCUCAUUCAUUUCACAGCAGCUCAGAGAAGAUCUCUUCAUGGGAGUGGAGAAGCGUGCAUGCGAUCCACGUUGGGAGGUGAGAGACUCCACCAUCGAGUUUUUGGGACAGCUGCACUGUGUCCCGACCCGGAAAUCGGCUGACUCUGCUUUGUUGAGCGAGCGCCUUACCGCACCGCUUCUCCGGGAGGCGCUGCAGGAUUCGGAGAGCUACGUGAGAGCCAGCGCCGUCUCGGCACUGGCGCGGGGUUUCCGGAGUUUCGUGCCCGACGGGCUGCAGGGAACUGAGUUGUCUCAGGAACAGACUGACACAGUGGGUCGCCUGUUAAAGAUUCUUUGUGAGGACACGGAAGGUUUCGCCAGGCGGGCCGUUGUCCGCUACUUCAUGACCUGGCUCUCCUCUUGUUCCUCCCCUCCUUCGUCGCCCCCCUCGCUUCUCUUGGAGUCGGUGCGCGUCGUCCUCUCGCGCGGCAGCCUGGAUUUGGACUGGGAGGUGAAGGUGAACACGUUAGAGUUGGCUGAGCUCCUGCUGGACGCCGCCUUUUCGGAUCACGGGAGAUGCACCGGUGCAGAGAAUCACCCUUAUGCGACAUUUUCAACGCACGCUAAUGGACAGGCGCGGGCCGGGGAUGCCGCUUUAGACUCGGCGUUGAGUUCUUUAGUGGAUCAAGGCGUCUUCUCGGUGUUGCUGAGCGGCCUGGUGGACUGCGACCGCCCCGUUGCGCUAAAGGCUUGUGAACUCCUCAUAAGAAUCAGAGAAACGAUCUACGGGACCGCCGACGUGAUGUCCGUGUCCUGCGAACUGCCUGAAUGGGGUUGGGGGAAGGAAAUCAGGAAGAUGCUCAAGAACGAAGGAGACAAAGGCCAGCGCGUGAGCGUGUGCGAAGUGUUGACGUCACUGGCCUUAGACGAGCGGCGGGUCCUUCUGAGCCAAAGCAGCGAUUACGUUCACAACUCCUUCCAGUCUCUGCUGCAGGACAUCCUGAGCGCAGGAGUUACUCUAGGGGACGCCGGCAAGGACGGUGGUCAGGAAGUCAUCGUGGACUGUUACUGACUUACUUUUACAGUACUCACCAAAAAGUUUGGGAUAAUGGCCUCAGGGGUGACAUUUUAGGAUGAACCUAAAAUGUUGUAUAACAUUGACCCGUGAACUUCAUUUGAGCUUUUCGAAACGUUUGAAUUCACUGUUCAGUGUGUCACGGCUUUUUUUUGCACAACACGCUCUUCUCUGACAAGAAGCUGAAUGGUAAAUAUCACACCAGGGUGUCAUUUUUGUACAUUCUUGCUCAUUGCAAGUCAUAUAAAGCCAAGCAACAAGGACUCUUUU